AUGGUAUCGUGGGAAGAGACCGGAUCUAAUUUCCGAGCAGCUCUCCAAGCCAAGAUUCCACCCGAAUGGCAGCUAUCCGGGGUUUCCAAGGAGGCUGAAAAACCGCGAAACAUUCUCCCUCUCUUCCACCGUUGUGGCCUCUUGACCGAGCGGGAACUUGAAAUCACUGAGAUCGAGGAUGCAACGGCCCUUCUUGCCAAGGUCCACUCGGGCAGUUGGACCGCGUUGGAAGUGGUGUCUGCCUUCUGCAAGCGUGCCGUCAUGGCUCAGCAGUUGGUGAACUGUCUCAUGGACAUUGACGUGGAAGGUGCGAUGCAGCGUGCUCGAGAGCUAGAUGCGCAUUUUGCCUCGACAGGGUCUCCUGUCGGACCCCUUCAUGGUUUACCCAUCAGCCUCAAGGAUCUAACGAAAGCCCGAGGAUUCCACCAUUCAUUUGGCAUCACGGCCUGGGCCGGCCGUGAAGACGACGAAGAUGCAGUCGUGGUACAAAUCCUCCGGGAAGCAGGGGCGGUCUUCUACGUCAAAACUACAAUGCCCCAGACGGGAAUGGCACUCGAAACCGUUUCCAACGUAUGGGGCACCACGCUCAAUCCGUUCAAUACCGACCUCUGCGCCGGGGGUUCUUCCGGGGGCGAGGGGGCUCUCGGAGCCUGUCGCGGGGCUCCAUUGGGCGUUGCUACAGACAUCGGAGGCUCCAUUCGGGCGCCAGCGUCCUUCAACGGGCUGUAUGCGUUGCGUCCGACCUCGACCCGCUUCAGUUAUGCCGGAAAUAUCGUCGCAGUGGGGGGUCAGAUCGCCAUUUCCGCCACGGUUGGGCCAGUCGGUCAUAGUAUACGUGACUUGGAACUGUUUUGUCGGGUUUCGAGUGACUUCAGACCAUGGCUGCAUGAUCCAGCAGUCGUGCCCAAGCCAUGGAUUCCCGUCGAAGCCCCUCGGAAGACAAGCAUCGGAGUCAUGUGGUGGGACGAGGUUGUGAUGCCGCACCCACCCAUCCUGCGUGCAAUGAAAUCGGCCGUGGAGAAACUCAAGUUGGCCGGGCAUGAAGUCGUUGAGUUCAAACCUUACAGACACCAACAUGCCUGGGAUAUUACCUUCCCUCUUUACUUCCCGACAGGAGGACAGGAGAUGAGGGAGUUCCUUGCCAGCAGCGGAGAACCCAUGAUCCCAUCGGUGUCCAAGUUCCUAGAAUCUGCAAAGUGUUUAUCAGUGCCGGAACUGAUGCAUUACCAAAGGGAACAAAAAGCGUAUCGGAAUGAAUAUUUCAAGCAUUGGAAUGCAACCGCGACUCAAACAAGUUCGGGACGACCGGUAGACGCCAUCCUCAUGCCGUCGAUGGCAUCGGCCGCAUUCCCUCACCACCAUCUUCCGUGGUGGGGUUAUUUGUCGACUUGGAACCUGCUCGACUAUCCGUCUGUUGUGAUUCCAGUCACACAAGUCAAGCCGGACGACAUCAAAGAUGCGGCGUAUCAGCCGGUCAACGAACGAGAUGCCGACAACUAUGACCUCUACGACCCGGUUCUCUUCGACCAAGCACCGGUCUCGCUACAGCUCGUUGGCCGGAUUCUGGAAGAAGAGCAGCUCCUCGCAGUGGCCAUAGCUGUAGAUCGUGCCAUCAAGACAGAAUGGACAUAG